AUGGAAAUAGGCAUCGUUGGCGCCGGUGUAUCCGGUCUAUAUACGGCACUUCUUCUCCAACGAGAAGGCCACCGAGUCACUCUUUACGAAGCCAAUUCCCGCAUUGGCGGACGCAUCUACACCCAUCGUUUCCAACCACCGAACCAUAAUGAAGAUAUUUACUUUGAAGCCGGGGCGAUGCGCAUCCCCCGUUCGACCCUGCAUUCGCGCGUAUACCAGUUCAUCCGUUAUCUCAACACCCACGGUCGCCACGAAGACAAGAUUGAACUCAUCCCAUACGUCCUUGAACACCGCAACAACAUCGCCUUCAUCCGCAACCGCAAGGUGAAUGUUGACGAUCCCACCCUCGCGGCCGAGUGUGGACUGCCAGCGGAGUAUCAGGGGAAAUCCGCACGGCAGCUGCUGGGCGAGGCCGUCACUCCCUGGUUGAGCCUGCUUCACAAGGACUUCCAGACCGGGUUUGCACAGCUGAUGCAGCUGGACGAGAUGUCGUUCCGGACGUACCUGCGCUUCGUAGUUGGGUGGCCGCACGAGGUGAUCGACUUUGUCGAACUGAUAAACAGCCAGACAAAUCAGUACGAUCUGAGCUGCACAGAGAUCAUGAUGCAGAAUCUCGACUUCCAUACCCGGGACUGGAGCACGGUCCGCAGGGGCAUGUCGCGGCUCACUGAGAGUGCAGCGAACCUCAUCGGCCGGGAGCACAUCCAUCUCAACGCGCGGGUCGAUUCGAUCAAGGAAAACUCAGACGGAACCAUCACGCUGUCUGCCGGUGCACACUCUGCCACGUUUGACAAGGUCGUUGUGGCGAUCCCCCCGGCCGCCCUGCAUAGCAUCCUCGAACGCCCUACCUGGUCCUUCAUGAAAGAGCAGGCCCUGCGCGCGGUCCACUACGAACCCCUCUACAAGAUCGGCCUCCAGUUCCGGACCCGCUUCUGGGAGAAGCUCCCCACCCCUUGUCUCGGCGGACAGAGCGUGACUGACCUCAGAUUCCGCUGGAUUGUUUAUCCGUCCAAUGAUAUUGGAAGCGCGGGGUCCGGCGUGCUCCUGCUCUACUGCUGGAUGACCGAUGCGUACCGGAUGGCCUCGCUCCCUCGGGACCAGCGCGUGUCUCUUGUGUUACACGAUCUCCAGAGGUUCUACGCUGAUGCCGGCAUCAACGUCUCCGACGAGUUCAUCGACGCGUUUGACGUAUGCUGGAGCCAAGAGUCUGCCACGGGCGAUGCCAUGUUCCUCCCUGGUCAAUUCAGCCGGUUCUCUGAGGCUUCCCGCCGCGCAGAGGGCAGUGUCUAUUUUGCCGGGGAGCAUUUAAGUCGACAUCACACCUGGAUCGCGGGGGCCGUGGACUCGGCGAUCCAGACGGUGGAGGCGAUGUUGGGAAUUAGCGGGAUUAGGUCAUUGGGCGAGGAGUACUCCCGGGUGAAGAAAGGGGGCGCCAAUCUGCCACGGCCCUGUGGGCAGAAGAGAUGCAGUUAUUCCAUCCCGCUGCAUAAUAAUGUGCAGUACGUGGAGGAUUUGGAAAGUGCAUGGUUGGCCAAGAGCGGGAGGCCGACGGCGAUUUGUUCGAGGACAUAG